CCGAGGCUAGAUGGGCAAGAAGAGGAAGGAACGCGACGGGGCAGAAACUGACACUGUAGCCCAAGACGAGCCCUCUAAUCCCGCUAAACUGCCGAAAACCGACGAAACGAAAGACACAAGACACAAACAGGACGAACUCGACCAUCAACAGCGAGACCGGCGCAACAUGCAGGCUCUGGUGACCGCCUUCUCCUCCGAGCAGAACGACAGAUACGAAUUCUAUCGACGUUCGGCGUUUCCACGAGCCGCAAUCAAGAGACUAAUGCAGAACGUGUCUGGAGUGUCCGUCCCAUUGAAUGCUGUUAUUGCUAUGGCGGGAAUAACGAAGGUUUUUGUCGGGGAGGUCGUCGAGGAGGCGUUGGAUGUGAGAGACAAACUGGGCGACGAUGGUCCCGUACAGCCGAAACAUUUGAGAGAAGCGGUGAGAAGACUGAAAGUGAAUGGAAGCGUUCCAACUGUCCGACGUGAAAGACAGUCUUUCAUGUAGACAGACAAUGAUGCAGCUAUAAUGCAGUAGGCCUAGUAUUGAUUGAUUAAUUAAUUAUGUAUAUAUUUAUUAAUGUGUUAUAGAUAAUACAUUUAUCGAGGGUACAGUGUAGC